GCCGAUUCUGUGGUUAUUGUCGGCUCAGAACCAAGAAGCACGGGGACGGAGAAUCUCCGCCCGUGACGAUCACAACCCAUUUCCCCUACAGCGCCCAAUAUACGUCACAACAUCGUCGCUCCAGAGUGUGGAGAUGUUACAGGCCAUCGAGCUAAGUAGAUUGAGGUCCGGCGUAAAAAGUGCGAAGGAGCCCCUUCACGGCCGUCCAAUUGCUACUCGGUUAAGAGAAGAUAUCCAGUGAACCAAUAUCACCAACCACCAUGACUUCAAAAACCUCGAACGAGGGCUGGUAUGUCGAGACCGAUUAUUCAACCGUGGAAGAUGCCCUUAAGAAGAUGACCUUUCCGCCAAGCAAAUUACAUAAAAAGGAGCUCCUUGCUGAAGAAGAAGAAAUUCUAAAGCAUAUCUGCGGCUGGUCACAUGUGAUGAACAAACUCUUCAAUGAGUCGAUCGAACCAGGGAGGCCGUUCUACCUUUUCGACGAUGCUAUGACUUACGACAUUUACGGCAACACUAUUCGAGGAGCAUUCUUGGAGCACUUUAACGAGACGUUCCACUACUUUUCGAAGUCCAGAUUUGAGAUGAAAGACCUCGAGCCUGUGGCGACCUCAAAGACAACGGGAUAUAUCACCAUGAUGCAGCGUCUUGUAGGAGGGACGUCUGAUGAUGGUAAACCUUUUGAGAUGACGUAUCGACUUACUUAUCUGCUUGCCAAAAUUGAUGGCGCCUGGAAGUUCAUUCAUGAGCACGUCUCAUUUCCGGUGGAGAUGGCUACCAUGAAAGCAGAUCCAACCUGUACCAUCGAUCCACUCAAAGCUUUCCGCGGGAUCGAGAAUUGAUCGCAUGAUUAGCUAGGCUUCGAUCUCCAGAUACAAUCACUAUUUACCAGCUUUUGAGGCUAGCAGGAUGCCUGUUAUAUCGAAAAAGCGUCAGAUUCAUGCGAUCCCUGUUCAAGAAAUAUUUGGCU